AUGUCUGGUGGUGGAUGCCCCGGAACACUCCACCACAGGAUGCAGUCCUGCAUCGCUUCAAGAGGUCUCGCGCCGGCAGUGCCGGAUCGCAGCCACACCCAAAAAACCCCAUUUGUGACAACUGUCUAUCGUGACAUUCGUGCGCGUGUCAGAACUGCCGGUGAUUUGGCGGCAACGCGCGCCCAUUCGGACCUGUUCUUGGCGUUGUUUGCACGUCUUGCGAAAAACAUGCCGGACUUUGCGUUCGUCACGACUGUUCAUCACAAAUUUAACACUCAUUCGCAUACCGUCUGUCGUAAUAAAAGUAAAUCCAGGUGCAGAAAAGGCCUAGCGAACGUCGAAAGCCUACUUGACGCUCACGGAGACGGCCUUGAGCAACGACCGACGCCGCAGUCUGUAUUGGCGCACAAGGCGCUCCGAGCCGGUCAAGUGGGACUCUCUUCAAGUUCUCGAUCAGACUACCAACAAAAGCCGGUCGACACGGACACACCACCGUGUGUGGUCAAGGUUUUCGGCGUUGGCGGUGGCGGGUGUAACGCGAUCUCUCGUAUGCUGGAAGACGGAGAGUUCCGCGGGGUGCGGUUCGCUAUCGCCAACACAGAUCAUCAGGCAUUGAUAGAGUUCAAGAAAAAAUACAUUUUAUAUACGCAGAACGCUGUUCUAGAAACAGUUGUUCCACUGGGUGAAAGCAUCUGCAGAGGCCUCGGUGCUGGGGGCAACCCCGAGGUCGGCUGCGCAGCAGCCGAAGAGUCCCACGAUCGCAUCGCACAGGCGAUUGGUGUCGGGACAGACCUCCUGUUUAUUACCGCGGGCAUGGGCGGCGGCACCGGCACCGGAGCCGCUCCCGUUGUUGCGCGCAUUGCCAAGAGUCUCGGAGCGCUCACCGUUGGGGUGGUCACCAAGCCGUUCUCAUUCGAGGGCCGCCAUCGAAUGCAGCAGGCCUUGGAUGGCGUUGCUGCGCUUCGUGAAAACGUGGACACACUCAUCGUUGUCAGUAAUGACCGCCUCAUGCAUGUGGUUCCCAAGAAUAUGCCGCUCAAGAGAGCUUUUCGGGUAGCAGACGACGUUUUGAAAAAUGGUGUGCGCGGCAUUUCCGAAUUAAUCACGCGACCUGGUCUCAUUAAUGUGGAUUUCGCUGACGUUCGCUCGGUCAUGGCCGAAAAAGGCUACGCGCUUCUCGGAUUGGGAACAGGAAGCGGCGAGCGCCGAGCUAAGGAGGCAGCACUCGCCGCGGUGUCCUCGCCACUGCUUGAUUUCCCUCUGAACAGCGCAAAAGGCGCAGUGUUCAAUAUUUGCGGUGGACCCGAUAUGACGCUCAGCGAAGUGAACCAGUGUGCGGAGGUCAUAUUCCAGCAUCUGGAUCCUGACGCGAGCAUCAUUUUUGGGGCAACGGUGGAUCCGACGCUUGGGCCGCGCGCUGAUAUCUCCGUUACUGUCGUUGCGACCGGGUUUGCGUCCUAA